ACUGCUCUCCUCUCGCCUAUCCAAUCUCGACCAGCUCGUGAUCGGGAAGAGCUCGUGCCGCCAUUGCCGUACCUGUCCUCGAUCAGCUGUUAGUGUUCGUAGCAAAUGGGGAGGCAGCCGUGCUGCGACAAGGUGGGGCUGAAGAAGGGCCCGUGGACGGCGGAGGAGGACCAGAAGCUCGUCAGCUUCAUCCUCGGCAACGGCCAGUGCUGCUGGCGCGCCGUGCCCAAGCUCGCCGGUGCGUGCUGCAUCCCUCGCCGGAGCUCGUUCGACCGUCUCGGCUUAACGACUCUUGUGAUUGAAAAAAAUUUACCACGUCUUGCGCUGAAAACAGGGCUGCUCCGGUGCGGGAAGAGCUGCCGGCUGCGGUGGACGAACUACCUGCGGCCGGACCUCAAGAGGGGCCUGCUCUCCGACGCCGAGGAGAAGCUCGUCAUCGACCUGCACGCCCAGCUCGGCAACAGGUGGUCCAAGAUUGCGUCGCACUUGCCGGGGCGAACGGACAACGAGAUCAAGAACCACUGGAACACCCACAUCAAGAAGAAGCUCAAGAAGAUGGGGAUCGACCCCCUCACGCACAAGCCCCUCGCGCCGCCUCCGCAGCAGCAGGAGCACCAACCGAUUCCACCGCCCACCGGCGGCUCGCCGGAGGCGCAGCCAUCGCCACCUCCGGAGCGGAGUCCUCCGGAGGAGAAGGCGGUGCCGGUGUCGGCCACGGCCACGGCGACGGCCACAAGUAGUAGCGAGCACGGCGACAGCGAGCUGCUCCUCAGCAAGUCCCCCGGCUUCUGCACAGACGAGGUGCCGAUGAUGCACCCGGACGAGAUCAUGGUGCCACUGGGUGACCAGCCGCCGCCAUUACCAGCGUCGGCUUGCGCCCCCGCCCCCGCCGCCGCGGUCUCGACGCCGACGACGUCCUACUCCACCUCGGCGUCGUCGUCCAGCCUGAGCCGCGACGAGGAGUCGCCGUUCGCGUUCAUGGACAUGGAGUUGCCGGAGUUCGUGCUCCAGAUGGGGCUAGACGACGUGGACGCGCGGUGGCGCGACUGCCUGCUGCAGCCACCGCUGUCCCCGUCGCCGGUCUUCGAGGACCCCUUCGAUUCCUACCAGUUGCAGAGGAAUGGCGUGCUCUUCUCUAGUUAUUAGUCAGUUAACCCACUCUAAUAAAUCUAAUUUGCAGUUUCUCACUGCACUGAACAAACAAUCAAGCAGGAAGGUUCUUUCUGUUAAUCGGCACUGGUUUGCUGGUUACGUUCUUGGGUGUUCUCCCAUCACUUCAGCGCCUAGCUAGUGUGUCCAUACAAAACUUGCUAGUAAUCAAGGAAGCUUUAUUUCGAAUAUGUUGACAUAAAGGUCCAGCCUUUGCACGGUGCAGAAUACAGCCAGGAAAUUUGUUGUUAGCUAGGGACAAUAAGAAUCAGUAGUAUGUAAGUAUCAUUUCAAGAAAAUGCUACCUUUUAUUUUUUUUCCUUUUCUUUUGUGAAUGUAAAAAAUGUCAAUGUUAAAUGAGGAGUUUAACUUGGAAUAAAAAAGAACUACUGUAUGUA